AUCGACUAGAAGGAAAAAAAUUUCUCAUUUUUUGCAGCCGAACGAAGACACGAUGAUCAGCGUUCUUGCCCAGGAGCGCCUUUUGGGGGCUGCGUUGGGAAGCGCGUUCGCGGGAAUCGUAGUAUUUGAGCAGAGAAAGAGUAUUUAUAGAUCAAUUUCAGAUCCUCAACACCAAUUGCCCUCCCAAUUUCACACGAAGGAGCCCAUCUUUGGAAAGGAAACCCGUGCAGAGCUUGCACGCCUAUGGAACAAGGCUGUAGACCAGUCAUUUGGACCUGUAAUCCAGUAUCUCAGCUCUCGUGGAUGGUAGAUCUUAAGUAAUAUGAUUACCAAUGUAUGAACGUCCGUAUUGUUUUGACGUUUGUGCAUUGCUACAACAACAUGGCCAAAUUUCUAUUUUUCACACACUCUGAACAAAUAAAAGAGUUUUUUUUGCUUAA